AUGCCGCCCGCGAGCUCCUCCUUCACGCCCCUCAACGUAACCGACGAUGCCGUCCCCGAAUGGAUGGGCUCCUUCACCCUCUCCGCGCCGCCAAACACCGACUUGUGGAGAAAGCCCCCUUCGCGGGAUACAUCGACGGCGCCCAUUCUCUACACCGCCCUACGCAACCCCUUCAUAGCCGCCGAGGUCACAGUGUCAGCGGAUUGGGAGCUGGAAUGGGAUCAAGGAGGCCUCGUCAUAUUCGCCGGUGCACCACCCGUCCAAAUACCCAUCGUCUCGCCGCAAGUAGCGGCACCCAGCACCGUCUCCCUCCCCCUGGACGCCACACAACCACAAACAACACAAAUCCCCCAAGAAUCCGGCUCCCAGCACCCCCGCGAUCCCCCGCCUGCAUACGUACCCCCCGCCCCCGCCGCAAAAUGGGUUAAAGUCGGCCUCGAAUUCUGCAACAACGCCUGCCACGCGACAUCCGUCGUCGCCAACUCAGACGGCGCAGACUGGGCUCUCACAUCGCUCACCACGCACCAAGCGCGCCGCCUCGAUCUGCGCGUCAAGAUCGAACGCAUUGGGUAUGGGUUGUGGGUGUGGUACGAAGAUGAGGUGCUCGGCUGGAAGAAACUCCGCGAGGUUACGUGGUUUUUCUGGGGCGUCGAGGAUAAGCUGGUGAGGGUGGGCGUUUAUGCGUCGCGGCCGGCGAACUUUGGGCUCAGUAUGUUUGAGAGGAGGGCUGGUGGGAAUGGUGGGAAUGGGAAUCUGGGAGCGAGGAACUUGUGUGUGGAUUUUGAGGGGCUGGAGAUUUAUUAA